UUAAUUUGCUUGCCAUAUGCUAAGCAUGCCCACAUGUCCACAUAUAGAUCAGCUGAUGCACAAUAACUUGGUGAUGACAAAAAUUACUCAUAUGUCUAAGCUUUCAUUACUUCUGAGUUAUUGACUGUUGUGAUCUCUAACAACUCAUUUACUCAUUUUUGAUCGGGUUUGUCAACAAGAACUUUUUUAGACAGACACCCAUUUUCAACUUGGGAUGGAAAGAAGCAGAGUCCAGGUACCUUGCUUUGUUAAACAAAAAGACAAAACCAAAAAAACUUAAACAUUCACAAGCUUCUGUUUUCUCAUGUGCUUAAUGGCAUUUAUAGUCCAAACAUAGUAAAAUUUCAUAAGGUUGUGUUUAAAACUGGUUGAGACUUCUUAUGAAAGCACUGUGCAAAUACGGAGUGUUUAAUGUUAAAGCUACUUCUCCUUUAGUGCUAUGCAGGUUUAAAGAAUGAAUGAAAAUAGUAAUCAUUGGACGAAAUGUGUUUCUGUUCUCUUAAUAAAGACCUUAUAUUUUUAUGUAAGUGACUGAAGGUCACUCACUUUUGUUCUAAGGCACCUUAAUUAAUUUGUCAGGUUAUGCACAGCAGCAGCUUUUAACAGACCUCGUGCUGCUUAGGUGACAGUUCACCCUCUUGGGCAACAAAGGGCAGAAGUCAUCUCGCAUUUACUACACGCUAGUUCUGUGACUGUCUGCUGCUCAGAAGUUUAAAAAAAUUAAAAUAAAAAGAAAGAACAAGAGGCUGUUUCUAUUCUAUGGCUAGAAGAUUUAGGGAGCUUUUGAAACUUUGUGAUCAGUACCAGGGAAUUUCUCUAUUGCUGUUUCUGAAGCUUAAGUCAUCUUAUUUCUGUGUUUUCUAGUACAAAGUUCUUUUGUUUCAAUAUUGUAAUGCCAAAAUUUGCCAUGAUGACAGCCUGGUCUUGCAAGCUGAGUUUCAGCAUUCUGUAAAAUCCGCUGAAGGGCAGAAAAUAAGCCUCUGGAAUCAGAGCUGCCCUGUCCUAAUUGCGAUAUUCCAGCUGGGACUGUGAUUGUAUAUUCUUCAGAGCAGUUCUGAUUUGCCCCAAGGCAUUUGUGUCCCACAGCAUGUGUUAAACUUUUUAAGGAUGACAGUUUUGCCAGAAAGCUAGCUCAGUAAUUGUACUGUAAAAAACCCCACUUUAUUAAUACAGUAUUGCAUCAGAAAUUGCUAUACUUCUCACAGCCGUCUAAAAUUGUAUUCGCUGAAGUUUUACUGUUUGCUUCCUCUGAAAACAGUAGUUGUUUUAACAUUUCCAGUUUAAUAAUGCAUCCUAGAAGUGCCUUAUGGAAGUCAAAAUACGUUACGCAAGAGGUUGUCAAUGUUCUGGGUAUUUUUCUUUGCUGCUAUUUCAGGUAAAUAGAAAUAUCUGUUUCAUGAGAAAUAAAUAUUUGGCGAUCAUCAAAAGCCUAUGCAAGUUUUCUACUUAUUUAAUUCUGUUUUGGCAUCUGAAGUGAACAUAACAUGGAUAUUGGUUUCUGAAGUAGUGGCAAAAUUUUAACAAUCCUGCAUUCCCAGCUUCCCCUUGAAGAAAAAAAGCAAACCUGAUCAUGUGUAAACCAAAAGUCACUUCUAGUUUCAGUGAGUUAGAGUAGUUAGCAAUAUGGUAUGCAGCUAAUAUAAAUAAGAAAUCCCAUUUUAAGUUGUGGGGGGAGGGAAGAGGAUAACUCUAUACUGACCUUGGUACACCUUAAGAGUGGCUGUGUGAAACUACGUCUAGAAAUCCGUUAAUAUAAAUGGAAGCCAGUCUGAAGUCUUUAUUUUUAAAAAAAAUAAAAAUAAUAAUGACUCUGUUUUGAUUCUUAUUGUGAGGUAUAUAGGUGGGGUCUGCCCUUCGCUCUCCCAACUACCAUCGACUUUACAGAGCGUGAUCAGUGUUAAGAGUUUGGCUUUUGGAAAUAGGCAAUGUUUUCAGCUCCAACAGGCUGGAGUUUUGACUUUAUGGGGCUUUGCUCGCCUAGCAUGCCUAUUAAAGACCAGUCUCGAGGCAUAAGCAGAGAAGAUUGCCUAGCUCACUGAGCAGCUGGAGCCAAAAAAAAUGUUUGUGCUUGUUGCUACUCUCCGGAGUCACUGCCUCAUCAUUUAUUAUCUCAGUGGUAGCAGGAGCAGAAAGCGGCUUCUCCGCAGCUCUUUCUCUGUUCAUACCGUUCCGUGCCUGUUCCUGCCUUCUCCUUCUGCACCUCCAGAAGCCCCUGACCAAUACAGACAUGUCUUCUUCAUUCUUCUUAUUUACUUUUAACCUAUUUUAAGCCAGUUGACCCUAAUCUUGCAAACUCUUAAACUCAUUAGGGUCAAUAAUAUUACGCGUGUGAGUUUUCCUGACGAUUUGAGUGGGCUGGCAAACGCAUGGAAGUACUGCUAUGCUGAUGUAUCUAGUGAGUUUGUUUUUAGGAUGGCAGGUUUUAUAAAGAACCAUGAUUAAGGUUCAUUUGAAUGCAUCUUCUACCAUAAUAUGUCUUUUACCUUAAUUGUGGUCAAGCAUAAUUUUCCUGUUACAGGGGAGAUUUCCAACCUAAUUGAGAUUUCCAACUUGAAAUUCCAGUGCCUAAUUUCUCUAUUCAGGAGCGGGGGGAAAAAAGAAAGAAAGAAAAAAAUCCAUAUCCACAAACAUCAAGAAAUCGAUCAUCCAGUGUUCACGUUCAGAGACUUCUCUGUGAUUUGUUUCUGGCAGCACAGCCAGUUGUUGUAUGUUAACAGGAGGCCAUGUGUGCUGCCAGGCAUGCAUCUGAGAUUAAUCAAAUGUUAUGUUACUCCAGCAAGUGUGCAGGCUUCGUUCCUACAGCGGCUGACGUCACCGGGCGCGCGGAGCCCUCCCACUCCUCCGUGGUAAUUGAUGGUGACGGGCUCUCUGCUGAGCUGUAACGUAACAUAGGGACUGAAUCAGAUCAAGAGCUGAGAGAAAUCGCCAGCAAACACUAUCGCUCCAUAUAGGCAAAAGCUGGGCACUUUAAACCGGGCCUUAGACGGAGGAGUGUUUCAAACGAUGGUUAAUGCAGGAUGAUUUGCUGAAGUUUUCGCUGGCGCGCUGCUUCGCGUCGGAGGUUUUGCUCCUGUCAGAAGCGUUGCUGCUGCUGGAAGGGCUGGCCCGCGUGGAGCGAGGCUGACAUGCUUGACAGACGCCUGAUGUCUCCUCAAACUAAGCACAUGACUCCUGGGGGUUCGGCGGACUCCUACACCAGCCGUCCAUCCGAUUCAGAUGUAUCUCUGGAAGAAGACAGGGAAGCAGUGCGGAGAGAGGCAGAGCGACAGGCCCAGGCACAGCUGGAAAAAGCAAAGACAAAACCUGUUGCAUUUGCAGUUCGGACAAAUGUUGGGUACAGUGCAGCUCACGAUGACGAUGUUCCAGUCCCAGGCAUGGCCAUCUCAUUCGAGGCUAAAGAUUUUCUUCAUGUUAAAGAAAAAUUUAAUAAUGACUGGUGGAUAGGACGAUUGGUAAAAGAAGGCUGUGAAAUAGGAUUCAUACCAAGCCCAGUCAAACUAGAAAACAUGAGGCUGCAGCAUGAACAAAAGGCAAAACAAGGAAAAUUCUACUCCAGUAAAUCAGGAGGAAACUCUUCAUCCAGUUUGGGUGACAUCGUUCCUAGUUCCAGAAAAUCGACGCCUCCAUCAUCUGCUAUAGACAUAGAUGCCACUGGCUUAGAUGCAGAAGAAAAUGAUAUUCCAGCAAACCAUCGCUCCCCCAAACCCAGUGCAAACAGUGUAACAUCACCCCACUCCAAAGAGAAAAGAAUGCCCUUCUUUAAGAAGACAGAGCACAUCCCUCCCUAUGAUGUAGUGCCUUCUAUGCGACCAGUAGUUUUAGUGGGGCCUUCUCUGAAGGGAUAUGAGGUAACAGAUAUGAUGCAAAAAGCAUUAUUUGAUUUUUUAAAACAUAGAUUCGAAGGGCGUAUAUCAAUUACACGAGUCACAGCAGACAUCUCGCUUGCCAAACGCUCAGUAUUAAACAACCCCAGUAAGCAUGCGAUAAUAGAGCGAUCUAACACAAGAUCAAGCUUAGCUGAAGUUCAAAGUGAAAUUGAACGGAUUUUUGAAUUAGCGAGGACACUGCAGUUGGUAGUGCUUGAUGCUGAUACCAUUAACCACCCAGCUCAACUAAGCAAAACCUCUCUGGCUCCCAUUAUAGUGUACGUGAAGAUUUCUUCUCCUAAGGUUUUACAGAGGUUAAUAAAAUCUCGAGGGAAAUCUCAGGCCAAACACCUUAAUGUUCAGAUGGUGGCAGCUGAUAAACUGGCACAGUGUCCUCCUGAAAUGUUCGAUGUAAUUCUUGAUGAGAACCAGCUUGAAGAUGCUUGUGAGCACCUUGCUGACUAUUUGGAAGCCUACUGGAAGGCCACACAUCCACCUAGCAGCAAUCCUCCUAACCAGCUUCUCACUCGCACACUUGCAACAGCCACUCUUCCUAUUAGCCCAGGUCCAAAUAUUAAUUUACAGCAGGGAUCUCAAGGAGACCAGAGGAAUGACCAUUCAGUCCCUGAACGCAGCGGUUCACAAAUUGAAGAGGAAGCACGGGUUGAACCCAUCAAGAAAUCCCAGCAUCGCUCUUCCUCAAGCCAACACCACAACCAUCGCAGUGGUGUUAGAGGCCUUUCUAGGCAAGAAACUUUUGACUCAGAAACACAAGACAGCAGAGAUUCGGCUUACGUAGAGCCAAAGGAGGACUACUCACAUGAGCACGGUGACCACUAUGAUUCUCACAGGGAUCACAAUCAUAGAGACGAGUCCCACGGGAGCAGUGAUCACAGACAUAGAGAAUCAAGGCAUCGCUCAAAGGACCGCGAGCAGGACCACAAUGAAUGCAACAAACAGCGUAGCCGUCAUAAAUCAAGGGACCAAUAUUGUGACAAGGAUGGGGAAGUGAUAUCGAAAAAACGUAACGACGCAGGAGAAUGGAACAGGGAUGUUUACAUCCGUCAGUAACUUUUGCCUCCGGCAGUCUUGUGUUUCUUUGAAGUCUUGUAACAAUGCCCCUUGAAAAUAUCUUUGGGUUCUUCAUUGCAGAACAUAUGGUAUCCUUCUGUAUGCUGAUUUGUAUUGCUGUUGCUUGCAUAGCAAUAGCAUGAAAUAGAAUACUCAUAUACUUAUUUUUUUUGGUUAGUGCUCUAUGAAUUAGCGUAGUACAACUGCAGAGUUCCCGGUGUUGUACUAUGCCAUUUUUCAAGCUGUUUUUUGGUAGCUGCCACUUGAACAAUAUCUGUUGCCAUCAAGGUGUUGUUAGUGUUUUUUAAAAAAAGGUACAUUUGAUGUUUAAUAACUUCCCGUGUAUUCAGCAAGCCAGACUCAGCACAUAAAAAAAUCUGAAACUUUUUGUCUGCUCUGAUUUUUAAUUUGUAUGCACUUGAUUUGCAUAUUGAUUUAAGGGCCACUAUCUGUUGCUUAUACCUCUGGUGGACUCCAUUUGAAGACAAUUCAGUCUUGCCUUACAGCCAGGGGAUCAUAAAGUCAAAAUCUAUUUUCUAUGUACUGGUACUGUGUACUGUAUAUACAGUUUAUAAAUGUUAUUUCUGCAGACACCUUCUUACUAGAUAAGUUUGAUCACACUGUUUUAGAGUCCUAAUGCCAAGUCAGCAGAUUUGCUUUUGAAUUACUGGCAACUGGAACUAGCCUCAUUUAGGAAAUCUGUAACAGUGUUCAACCGAAAUACUUUUUCUUCUGUAGCAGAAAGCUUAUACUUACUGUAAAUACGAAUGAGUGCUUGAGAUAAGGGGUCUAACUCUUAUACCUUACGCUGUCCUUGCAAACCCAAUUUUGCAUUUUAAAUUUACGGUAAAGAUAACGAGCUUACCGCUAUAAAUUAUUCCUUUCUGUACAGGUCACGAAAUUGCAAUGGACACAGCUUAAUUUUUGUUCUGUUGUUCAGAAUACUAGAGCACACAUGACAGAGGCGUGGAUGUGAGUGGGUGGGUGGCGGAUGGGCGGACGUGUGCGUGCGCGCGGCGUUAGGCAGCAAAGCGUGAGAAUCUACUGAAGACAACAAAGGCUACUCAAAAGCCCAGCGAGCCUGUUUCUUCUUUCUCUCUAUUAAUUUAAAAAUCCAAAUUGCCGUCAGGGACUAUGAGGGAGUUUACUGGCCCAGGUAAUUGAGAAAGCAUAAAUCUGCUGGCUCCUUGUUGAGACUUCAGGAGAGUAAAACCAGGCAAAAUGUUACUGUGAGUGUUUCACUGGAAAUGUAAAAUCUUUGUGUUUUAGAGUAUUUGUUUUAGUAAGAAAAGUUUACACAGCUUGUGGAGAGUUAUUUUGUUGGAAAAUAAAUUUUUGUAGCUUCUCCACUUUUUCUA